GAUAUUGACGAGUGUGCUAGCGGUACUGAUGACUGUCACAGUUCACGUGCUUUAUGUACAAACACAGUGGGAUCCUUUAAUUGUUCAUGUAACAGUGCUUACAUUGGAGAUGGCAGAACUUGCAAUAUACCAUCAGGUAAUUAGGAAAAGAUAAUGAGGAUAAUAUAAUUAGGAAGAUUUUCAUUUACCAAACCCGUACACUAGUGAGUGAUUCACCUUGCGCUGACCUUGGCUGCUCGAAAGAGGUUUUACGUUUAAAAUCUAUUGGCCGGUUUAAAAGGAAAGCUUUUGAGACCUUCGACCACUGUUUGGUCACGGAGAAUACCCUUGUUUGUUAAUGAAGUCCUACAGGAAACAGCCUCGAGAGGGCACAGUAUUCGGCUCGACUUGUGGGCAAGUCUACUUUAAUGCGAUUUAUACGGUUACUUUAAGGGGAGCUGACUUUUUCAAGUUUGUUAACGAAUUUCCGAACAACAAUAACGAGGCGAAUAAUAAGAAUUACCUAUAAGAUUAGGAAAUACACGUGAAUAAGUUUCUGAGUCAGAAGUACACGAACAAUCAAAUAAUCGUUGUGUGUGUGUGUUUUUUUUUUUGUUUUUUUUCCUGUCUUUGUUCAUUUCCGUUUUGAUGGUAGUCUUAUGGAGUCUUUAGAGUUGUAUUCUUGAUUUCGGCUCCGUAAAAGACUCAGCAUAGUGCCCGCCAAACAAAUCUUGCGGUGCAAUAUUUUGAGCAACAGGGUAGGAUAACGAGGACCCUGCUUCGCGUAUUUUUGUCACUGGUCAAAUAACGGAUUCAACGAUCGACUUUUUGCUUCGUUAUGCAGUAUUUUGUUUUUCUUUGUUUGUUUUUACUCUUACGUAAAUUUUAGCUUCUUGCAAAAAAAUGGCUCAAAUGGCUAAUUAUUGUCUACGUCAUGAAGGCGAGCAAGACGGGAAUAGCUGACCCUUAGGCUGUAUCGGGCAUCCUUGCUCAAUGCGUUUAGAAACUACGUUCUCAUUAUAAGUGACCUUGUAUAAAUAUACUAUAGUGGUCAUGCAGAGUGCUUAUAAGAAAAGACUUUUCAGUUAACGGUCUUUUGACAAUAUAACUGGCACAGAAAAAAAUCUCAAAGUAGCAUAUCUUUGUACGCAAAAGGCUUAUAAUCAAUUGUUAGUUGCCAGAACGUUUUUGUAAAUGUUAGUAUUGAAUGAUUGAAUCAGCUUCAUGAUUACAAAAUUGAUAUCGUUACCUGUAAUUAUUAAGUAUGGUCAAUCCUGAAAUAUUCAAGCACUUUUUUAUAUAUGCUCGGACCUAUUUUCCCUGAGAAAUACUCGGCAAAGCUAAAGGCGGUACAUGCAUCCAUGUAUUCCUGUAUCAAAAUUUAACGUCGUAUGUAACAGAGAUAACUCAUCGGUUUACUAGCGCAAGUUAUAUUUAUGACGAUGCCUAACAUAUACUGCUGUUUUCUUCCCGUGUUCUUGUUGGUCAACAGUGAGGAUGUGGUUGGGGAAUUUAGAGCAUGAAAAGUUCCCCUCUUUUACCUCGAGCUUGCCCCGUGUAAGGGAAUGCGGAUUCCGGAAUCCAAUAAAUGUUUGCUGGUGGAAUCCUGAAUCUGGGAAAUUGCUUGUGGAAUCCGCAAUCCUAGGCUUUGGAAUCCGUAAUCCUUCUAAAGAUUUAAAUCCAGAACCCAAGUUCCAUUGACAAAGACUGGAAUCCAGUACCUGGAAUCCGGAAUUCACGGCGUGGAAUCCAGAAUCCAAGACUGUCUUGGAUUCCCUUACAUGGGGCGAUCGAGCUGAUGUACAACUAAACGAAACGUUGCUAGUGACUGAUGUUCUUUCUCCUCUUUUGUGUCAGAAUGUCAGAACUACGAGAUUCUCAACAGCAGAACCCGAAGGACCUCGUAUGACUGGUACAACUCUUAUUGUGAUAGCAGUCUUGGCCCCGGAUGGUUCCGUUUCCAGGGGUCUGCCGGCACCAGAAUGGCAACAUNAGAAAUACUCGGCAAAGCUAAAGGCGGUACAUGCAUCCAUGUAUUCCUGUAUCAAAAUUUAACGUCGUAUGUAACAGAGAUAACUCAUCGGUUUACUAGCGCAAGUUAUAUUUAUGACGAUGCCUAACAUAUACUGCUGUUUUCUUCCCGUGUUCUUGUUGGUCAACAGUGAGGAUGUGGUUGGGGAAUUUAGAGCAUGAAAAGUUCCCCUCUUUUACCUCGAGCUUGCCCCGUGUAAGGGAAUGCGGAUUCCGGAAUCCAAUAAAUGUUUGCUGGUGGAAUCCUGAAUCUGGGAAAUUGCUUGUGGAAUCCGCAAUCCUAGGCUUUGGAAUCCGUAAUCCUUCUAAAGAUUUAAAUCCAGAACCCAAGUUCCAUUGACAAAGACUGGAAUCCAGUACCUGGAAUCCGGAAUUCACGGCGUGGAAUCCAGAAUCCAAGACUGUCUUGGAUUCCCUUACAUGGGGCGAUCGAGCUGAUGUACAACUAAACGAAACGUUGCUAGUGACUGAUGUUCUUUCUCCUCUUUUGUGUCAGAAUGUCAGAACUACGAGAUUCUCAACAGCAGAACCCGAAGGACCUCGUAUGACUGGUACAACUCUUAUUGUGAUAGCAGUCUUGGCCCCGGAUGGUUCCGUUUCCAGGGGUCUGCCGGCACCAGAAUGGCAACAUCAUGUCCAUCUGCCUAUAGUUGUGGUGCCUCUCGUCCCGGCUGGCUAAGUGGAGGACACCCCACAGUAGCGGACGGUCAGGUCACCAGGACGGUGUAUUUCAGUAGUGGUUACUGCUAUUCUUACUCAACAAGCAUCAAAGUGAGAAAUUGUGGUUCAUAUUACGUGUACUAUCUUAGUGGUACACCUGGCGGUAGAUGCAAUCUCCGGUACUGUGGCACUUACUAG